ACUAUCCUGUUUAAUUUUCAGUGUCUUGUCAACAAUACCUUCCUGCCAAUUCGCUGAAGGAGUCUUAUUUUAUAUGGAGAUAAUUUUAGUUUUGUUCUUCAGUUGUGAAUACCUUGUCCGUGUGUGGUCUGCGGGUUGCCGGCAGCAGUACCAGGGAAUCAGGGGAAGAUUAAAGUUUGCCAGGAAGCCUAUCUUAAUAAUCGAUUUUAUUGUUGUUAUAGCAUCUGCCGCAGUGCUUUGUUUUGGUUCUGAAGGCCAGGUAUUCGCUGCCUCUGCUAUAAGAGGUGUUCGCUGCCUUCAGAUUCUCAGAAUGCUCCAUAUGGACAGACAGGGAGGAACCUGGAAGCUCUUGGGCUCUGUAGUUUUUAUUCAUAGACAGGAGCUGAUAACGACGUGUUACAUUGGCUUCCUGAUGUUAAUCUUUGUGUCGUACUUUGUGUAUUUGGCUGAGCGAGACAACAAAGACGAGAAAGGGAUAUAUCAAUUUGAAACCUAUGCAGAUGCCUUAUGGUGGGGAGUGGUAACAUUAACUACGAUAGGUUACGGCGAUAAAGUCCCUCUUACGUGGCUGGGGAAGAUUAUCGCCUCGUGUUUUUCAAUAUUUUCCAUUUCAUUCUUCGCCCUUCCCUCAGGUAUUUUGGGCUCUGGUUUUGCGUUGAAAGUGCAGCACAAACAACGGCAGAAACACUUCAGCCGGCAGAUUCCCGCCGCAGCUCGUCUCAUUCAGUGUGCAUGGAGAACCUUUGCCGCUGAGAAUAAAACCGGUUUUGUUUCCGAAGCAACGUGGAAAAUCCAUAUUGCGCCACCGAAUUCCAAUAAUGCUUCCAACUCCACCACGCCCAGCACCCCUUCCUUCAUUAAUAAGACGCACCUCGCCAAAAAACGUAAGAAUUCCAAGCUCAAGGAGGCGCUGAUCCAGUCGACACUGCUGGAGUUUAUUCCUGGGAAGUCGUCACCGGAGAGAGCAACCGGUGGUGAUGCAGUCUUCAAUCAUGAGGAGUCUUCAUGUGUCUUUGAUCGGACGAACAGGAGACGGCUCGAUACCGAUCGAGACAAAGAAGGGAGUGAGAGGUAUCGUCCGCUACAAAGACUUUCUGAGAUGUUCUCCAUGGACCUACCAGACACCGAGGGGGACAUCUUUAGCUUUGCCUUUGUGCCAGAAACAAUCACAAGCCUCACACCAAUCCAUAAAAUAGCCAUCAGAGCGAUACGAAGGAUUCAAUAUUUGGUAGCUCGCAAAAAAUUCCAGCAAGCUAAAAAGCCUAUCGAUGUACGGGAUGUUAUUGAACAAUAUUCUCAGGGACAUAUGAACAUGAUGGUGCGAAUUAAGGAACUACAAAGACGUCUCGACCACACUGUUGGAAAACCAGGAGCCUACCUCACAAUUGACAAGCGAAAACAUACGAUAUUGGCUAGGAUGUCUAUUAUGGAAAAUCAGAUGUACGUGAUGGACUCGAAGCUAGAUGGUUGUAUGAGAAUCUUGAACACAUUGGUCAAGAAGCUCGACGAACAACACGAAGCGAGGACAGACAGCCCUCGAUUGACACCCGCGCAGUCCAACAUAUAGAGCUCGACUUGGCUGAGAACAAAAGGACACGAUGACCGAAAGGACGCAGAGAACGAAAGGACGCAAAAAACUGACAGCAGUUUUGUCAUUGCUCAGGGCUUAUUUAGUCAGUGAUAGUUUUCUAUUUUAGGGAGAGAAACUGAACAAGUGACAUGUAUAAAGAAUGACGCCUAGACACACAGACAAACAGGUGACUAACAGACUUACAGACAGACAGACAGACAGACAGACAGACCAACACAUGCACAUUUUAUAUCUGCAACAAAGUCAAUUUUUAUAUUACUUUUAUUAAUACUAAUGUUCUAUUAGACACUAUUUUUCUUCUUUCAGUUGAAUAAUUACCCCUACUUUUAAAUUUCUUAGUGUUUACCAAGCUGAAUUGGUAGUUUUUAAAAUAUAUAUAUAUAUUCUUUUGUUUUCGAUCUGAAAGCUCUCUGGUUUUAAAGUUCAUACCAGUAUCAUUCUUUAGAGAACCAUUUCUGUCAAAUUGCAUGGACAGACACACAAAGCCUGAUCUAACUGAUGGACCAACCGACCGACAGUUACAAAGCUGGCGCCCCCCUUCCUUUUGCAGUAGGAAUAUACUGACGUAGUGAUGAACCUCAAAUGCUAAAAGUUAUAAACAAAACUUAUCUGAAAAGUUCAACAAUGUAUAGAAGUAAAAACCCACACACUAACUAGAUUGGGUGGGAAGAAAACAAUAACAAAAAUCACUUAGAUUUACUCUUGAAUGCGCCGACCGGUUGCUAUCUACUGAUUUAAUUCCCUUCAGAAAAAAAGAAUAGGAAAGAGUACUCUUGAGGGUGCUGUUGUGAACUGUUUUGGGAGGUCGCCAUUUGCAUACAAACAAUUAGCAAACAAUUAAUGUGUCCAUAUGAUAAAUUUAUCACUAAAAUCUAUCGUUGAUUAUUGACAUGCAGAAGAUGUUUUCAUUUAAAUGCUGCCGAGAUCUGAACAAAUCAAAAAAGUAAACUUUCAAAGUUGCAGCGACUUCAGGCCACAAGCCUUCGACAUUAUGUUUCUCUUGAAAUGAUUUUAUGGAUGAAAGUGACAAUUAUUUUCUCAGGGUGACAUCUGACGUUAAGUUAAUCUUAGGUCUAAAUAUGAAAAGCCAUUUUGCCUGUUGCUUGUCACUUUUACAUAAAUCGUGACCUUUUUACGCAAAGGUAUGCGUAUUGUGUCAGACAUGGAGACAAAUAACUUGACCAGUGUAUGACCACCAGACAGAGACGGGGCACAAGACUAUGGCAGUUUGCAUUUGUGAUUUGAACAAAUCAAGAUAUCGUGAUUCAGUAGCUAUACAACAAUACUGAAUCUAUUCAAUGCGAAAUCAGCAGUUUGCUUGGUAGGAUUCAAACCCACAAUCUUAUAAUUGCUAGUUUGAUAUGCACCAACAUUCAAUUCCAAUUCAAAUAACCAGAUCGCACUCCGAUAUCAACUAUCAACACUUUUUUGAUAGGCCCUUUUCGAAACCACGGUUUCGGCUCCAGAUUCAGGCCAGGGCUUCAGUCAAGAGAACAGAGCCUGAAGCCGAGUCCAAUGUCGAAGCCAUGGAUUCAAAAAGAGCCCUAGACAGUGACGUGUCACAUGUGACUUUUUACUACAGAGACAAAUACGAGACAUCAAACACUGAGGCUCCUAUCUAGACUACAGAACUAGGACAGCCUACUAAUACAUUUGUCUUUUUAAAACUUAUCAGUUUCUCUGUCGACUAAGACAAAAGUUUUCUAGAAUUUAUAUAUGCAUUAUUCAAGCAGUAUUUAUCACAAUUUUGAAGUACACUUUUUAAUUAUGAUGUGGUGUUUUAUUUAAGUAUUAAAUUAUAUUCCUCAUCUUUUUAUUGUCUCUCACGAUUUAGCUUUUCUCUGAUUAAUUUAUUUCUCAUUAAAUGACACAUUACUUCAGGACGAGGUACAGCUUUAAGAUUUUGCCCACAUCAAUGCGAGAUCUUAUUGACUAAUGGUGGCAGCAAUCUCCAGGCUGUAUUCAUUUAGAUUUCUUCAUCUCUCUAUACAUAUAUAGCCACAUUAUAGCCUUGUCUACUUGUGCAUUACUAUCUAAAACUUCUAGGACUCCAAGAUAUAUUGAAUUUUGUCAAGUUGUGCCUUAUGUAGAAUAACUUAACCCCCCACC